UGCAGCGGUGCAGCGACGUCUCGACGGCGCCUCUGCCUCCUCCACCUGCUCCGUUGCCGUGGCAACACGCACGGAGCGUCGGCUCGGCUGCUCUGUAACAGAAUGGAGAGGAAGAUGGAGGAGAGCACUGUUAGAGACGUCGAGACCGGGAGUGAAACUGGAGCAGAGGACGCUUUGGUGGGGAAUGUGAACAAACUGACGGUGAGCCCACCAGGAUACUCAGGAGCUCCUCGAAGAGGACAUCUCGUUUUUGAUGCUUGCUUUGAGAGUGGAAACCUUGGCCGUGUUGACUACAUCAGUGAGUUCGAGUUCGAUCUCUUCAUCCGACCCGACACCUGCAACCCCCGCUUCAGAGUGUGGUUCAACUUUACAGUGGAGAACGUCCGUGAGACACAGAGGGUCAUUUUCAACGUGGUCAACUUCUCCAAGACAAAGAGCCUGUACAGAGAUGGCAUGUCUCCUGUAGUGAAGUCUACCAGCAGACCAAAGUGGCAGAGACUUCCAGCCAAAAAUGUCUACUACUACCGCUGCCCCGACCACCGGCGCAACUACGUCAUGUCCUUCGCCUUCUGCUUCGACCGCGAGGACGACGUCUACCAGUUCGCCUACUGCUACCCCUACACCUACUCCAGGCUGCAGCACUACCUGGCCAGCUUGGAGCGCAGGAACCUGCCCUACCUGCAGCGGGAGCAACUGGGCCUGAGCGUGCAACAACGACGUCUGGAUUUGUUAACCAUCACCAACUCUGACCACCUGAGUCCAGAGAAGGAGAAGAAGCUGGUCUUUCUUACAGCUCGGGUUCAUCCUGGAGAGUCUCCUGCCUCCUUCGUCUGCCAGGGUGUGAUUGACUUCCUGGUGAGCCUCCAUCCAGUGGCCCAGGUUUUGAGAGACCAUGUGAUCUUCAAGAUCGUCCCCAUGCUGAACCCAGAUGGAGUCUACCUGGGCAACUACAGGUGUUCUCUGAUGGGCUUUGAUUUGAACCGCCACUGGCAGGACCCGUCUCCGUGGGCGCACCCCACGCUGCACGCCGUGAAGCAGCUCAUCGUGCAGAUGAGCCAGGACCCGAGGGUGAGCUUGGAGUUCUACAUUGACGUCCAUGCCCACUCCACCAUGCUGAAUGGCUUCAUGUACGGCAAUGUGUUCGAGGACGAGGAGCGUGUCCAGAGACAAGCUGUCUUCCCCAGGCUGCUGUGCCAAAAUGCACCAGACUUCUCCUUUUCCAACACGUCCUUUAACCGGGACGUGGUGAAGGCCGGUACUGGCCGGCGGUUCCUGGGCGGUCUCCUUGACGACACGUCCUACUGCUACACUCUGGAGGUGUCCUUCUACAGCUACAUGACGGCUGGCAGCACUGCGCCUGUGCCCUACACUGAAGAGACCUAUAUGAAACUGGGUAGAAAUGUGGCCAGAACCUUCCUGGACUAUUACAAGCUCAACAACCUUAUCAAGGACAACGGGCCGGCUCAUUUUCCAAGUGCUGAGGUGACGUCCCAGAUAGGUGAUGGGAAGGACAAUAGCAGAGACGCAGCGAGCAGAGAGAGAGAGAAGAGCCAGGGUGUCAGGCGCUAGACGGCCGGCGACACAGACGAGCAUGUAUAAAAUGCAGAGCACCGUGGCAGGAGGAUUUGUCACACUCCAUUGCUUUUAGAAGCUCCAUAUCUGCCCGGCUAUAAAGACUUAUUUUCACAGAUUUGUAACAGUGGGGUGACUGAUACUUGCGGGACUAAAAUCAGAACGAGUGUCCUCCAGGGUUAUAUAGUGACUAUAAAACGUGGAGGACUGACUCCGGCCACCCCUCUGUUUUUGAUAUGAGGUCUUCGUCGAGCAGCUCUAUUUGUUUGUUUGUACAGUUGUGAAUAAAUGCAUGUUGUACUGCUGAAA